AUGAACGUCUGUGCUAUCCGUCACAUUCCAUACACAAAUAAGAAUGACAACAGAUAAAAUGUAGUUGAUUAAAAUAGAGCCAAGAGUUCUCAAGGAACAAGAUUACAUUCAGCAACUCAUUAUAGAUGUUCAACUUAAUAAAGCAGCAAUUAAACUCCAAAUCAAGGCAAAAUGCAAUUUUAUGAAGUAUAAUCAGAUAUCUUUUGAUUCUUAGAUUCAACCCUAUAUUGGUCAACUAAUCAAGGUACUAAUUAUUCAAACUCAAAUUAGAACUAGUAAUAAUCCUUUGUCUCUUCAUAAUUUAGAAAAAGUCCAUCCUUUCGUGUUAAAAAUUAUCAUCCUUAAGACAUAGUCAAUAGUGUAGCAUAAUAAUCAAGCUAAAAUUUAUUAUAAUCUAAGUAACGACACAUUAAACAAAUAGCAAUGAAAAAAUUGAAAGAAUGAAUCGCAUAAAUUGUUUAGGGGAUUUGCUUCAACAGAUGGG